GUAUACUUAUAUAUGCUCUCUAUCUCUCUCUCUCUCUCUGUAUUUGUACGCACCAAACAACAACACAAACGCUCGCUCACAUCUUCUCUGCUCGCUGUUUGUAUAUCGUAUGGUGCGGUGGUGCUUCUGGUUGCCGCCGAUCGCCACUGACAUUAAAGCCCUAAUUUUUGCACAGCCUCACUUCCUUCCACUCCAGUAAAACUGCUGUCGUCGACGUUCUGGAUAUAUGUCCCAUAAUCAAUCGAGGUCGGAAAGUCGCGAGUCUUAUCAGAAUAGGAAGCCUGGACGAUCCGGCAGCUUCAAUCAGUAUCGCGGUAGUAAAGGCGGCGGCGGCGGAGGCGGCAGUGGCUCGGCCCCUGCUCCUAGUCCCUCCUCGUCUUACAAUAGAAGCUUCAACAAGAAGUAUAAUAAUGCACAAGGAGGAUAUAGGGCAGCAAGUGAUCCAAGUGGGAGCUCUGCUCGAGGAGUGCAGAAUGGUGCUCACCAAGAACAGCCAUUAAGUGAAGUGUUAGAUGCUGCGCCUAUUACUACUGCAGGUGUCCCUCCUUUGGGUACUCCUGUUAAUGUCAGUAAUGCGCCGACACAAAAAAUUAACCGAGCUGUACCUAGACCUCCACCCUCCAAUUCCUCUGCUGGUCCAGACCCUAAUGCACCAGGCACUUCUAAAGCUCCAGGAGAUGGAUCUAAGUCCUUCCCUCUUCAGUUUGGGUCGUUAAAUCCUAGUUUCAUGAAUGGGAUGCAGGUUCCUGCUCGAACAAGCUCAGCACCGCCAAACUUGGAUGAGCAGAAACGUAGCCAGGCUCGCCUCAACUCUUUGAAACCUGGGCCUGCAUUGCCAAAUCCAUCUACAUCUGUGCAACCACCAGCAAAAAAGGAUGCAGGGAAGGUUGACCAAUUUAAAAAGGAUUCAGGGAAGGUUGAUCAAUAUAGUAACUUUGAGGGUCCGGUACACUCCAGGUCCAAGAGGGACAUGCCUUCUUCUGGUCCACCCCCACUGACACAAACUCUAAAGCCUUCACCUCAUCCUUUGACUGGGAUGCAUAUGCAAAUGCCAUUUCACCCAGCUCAGCCUCAGGUUCCUGUUCCAUAUGGGGGCCAUGGUCAAAUUCAAUCUCAGACCAUGUCUGCCUCGUCUUUGCCAAUUCAAAUGUCGAUGCCUCUACUUGGAAAUCCUUCAUUACAGCAGCCAAUGUUUGUCACAGGUCUACCGCCCCAUCCAAUGUCAUCUCAAGGGAUCAUGCAUCAAGGACAAGGUUUAAGUUUUGCUCCUGGAAUAAACCCCCAGAUGCCUCCACAGUUGGGAAAUAUGGGAAUGAAUAUUCCUCCACAAUUUCCUCAACAACAGGCUGGAAAGUUUAGUAGUCUUCGAAAAACUGUAAAGAUAACUCACCCAGACACUCAUGAAGAAUUAAGGCUUGAUGGAUCACCUGGUCCCAGAUCACAUCCCAGCAUGCCUCCUCAAUCACAGCCUCUAUCAUCAUUCCCACCAACUCCAAUUAACUAUUAUCCGAAUUCCUACAAUAACAGUUCAGUAUACUUCCAACCUCCAAGUUCUCUUCCACCAAAGAAUUCCCAGAGUCCUCAGGCAACAAGAUUUUAUAAUCAGGUGACAAUCAAACCAGCUCCUGGCACUCCAGGGGAAAAGGACCAGGUGACAGUAAAACCUGCUCCUGGAAUACCAGGGGAAAGGGACCAGUUAGCUUUGGUAAGUUCACCCACCAGCAAAGAUUCCCAGAAACAUGCAAAGUCGCAUGUAGUUGCUUCAGUUCACCCUCAAAAAGAUUCUCAGGCUUCUACUCAGAGUUCUAUGCUUCAACCAAAGCAGGGUUAUGGAUCAACCCAUGCAUCAUCAAUUCCUGAAGCUAGUAUGCAUUCUACUGUAGUUUUAGGUUCUUCUUUUGAAGCGCCCAGCUUGACUCCUGUAAUCACAACUUCAGAUAAGGGUUCUACAGAUGUGCCAGUGGGCAGUUCUGAAGCAUUAUCCCCUGAUGCCAUCAAAGUGCAGCAGAAAAAACCAGGCGAUAUAGACCCUUCGUCUGUGCAGGAUCAGGUUGCCAGACUGUCUACUUCUGUUUUAGGCUUGCCUUCGCAGCCUCCAGAAACUGGAGAUGAAUCUGCUGGGGGAUCUACCGUAGAUGAUAUUGAUGCCAAAGCUGUUGACGCUCAUAUAGAAGAGUCUUCCAAACCUCUUGAUACAGAGAGUGAAGAGAACAAUACAGUGCCUGAAACCACGAGUAAAAAUGAGAAAGAAGUAAAGUUGCAUGAUGUUGUACAAGACAGCAACAAUUCCAAGACACAAUCAGAGUCCAUUCGUUCAGAAUCUUCUGAGUUCAUUAAUCAAACCAAAGAGCCUUGUCUACAGAGAGCUAUUUCCAUCAAUGAGGGUAGUUCAGUAAAAAUUACUCAGGGCAAGGUUAAUGAAUCUGCUACAUGUUCCAGUGAAGUUGACAAUGAGGCUGAUAGUUCUUUAUCAUCCAGUUUAGAUAUAAAUGACAUGAAUUCCAAGGGCACCCCCUUGGUGAUAGGUGUAUCUACCCAAGAUCUUCAUAUGGGUACUAAAGAAAUAACUUCUCCAACAACUUCCGUUGUUGAUGAGGAGUCUGGAUCUGAAUCUCAUGUGUGUCCUUCUGAGGCUACUUCAAAACACAAAGAUGAAAAUGACGACACUAGCUUGACUACAUCAAUUGCUAAGGAGAAAUCUUUGGUUUACCAAGAUUUGCCAAAAAGUACUCUUGCUAGAAAAAAGAAGAAAAAAGAAAUAUAUAAAAAGGCAGACGCUGCAGGUGCAACCUCUGAUUUGUAUGUGGCAUAUAAGGGUACAGAGGAAAAGAAAGAAAAUUGCACAUAUGUGGAAAGCAAUCAAAGCAUCGAAGGAAACAUUGUUGAUAGUUCAAAACCCUUUACUGCUGAGGUGGUGCAAGACAUUGUGCAAGUCAAGGAAGGUGAUCAGGUUAAAGUUGAGCCCGAUGAUUGGGAGGAUGCUGUUGAUGUUUCAAGUCCAAAGCUGGAAUCUCCAGAAAAUGGAAAGCAAGUUGUACGGGCAUUCAAUAAUUAUGCUGAAGGUUGUGAUGAAAUGACAACCAAAAAGUAUUCAAGAGAUUUUUUAUUUAAAUUUGCGGACCUAUACACUGACCUUCCUGAAGGUUUUGCAAUUGCAUCUGAUAUUGCGGAAGUAUUGAUGGGUUCUACUGUUGAUGUUACUAAUGAACCAUACCCAAGUCCUGGCAGGAUUAUUGAUAGACCAUCUGGAGGCUCUAGACCAGAACGCCGUGGUAGUGUCAUGGGAGAUGAAGAGAAGUGGAGUAAAUUACCUGGACCACUUGUGACUGGACGGGAAUCACGGGAUAUGCGACUAGACAUGGCUUAUGGUAGUAAUGCUAUGGGAUUCCGUCCUAAUCAAGGAGGUAAUUUUGGGGUUUUGAGGAACCCCCAUGCACCAACCUCACUGCAGUAUGCUGGAGGUAUCCUUGCAGGGCCGUUGCAUUCAGUUGGUUCUCAAGGUAUGCAAAGAAAUGGUGUUGAUGCUGACAGGUGGCAGCGAGGAACUGCUUUCCAGAAGGGUUUGAUGCCUUCUCCUCACUCUCCAUUACAAGUGAUGCAUAAAGCUGAAAAGAAGUAUGAAGUUGGUAGGGUAACGGAUGAGGAACAAGCAAAGCAAAGACAGUUGAAAGCAAUUCUAAACAAGCUUACUCCCCAGAACUUUGAAAAAUUGUUCCAGCAAGUUAAAGAUGUCAAAAUUGACAAUGUGACGACACUUAAUGGUGUUAUUUCACAAAUUUUUGAUAAGGCUUUGAUGGAACCCACUUUUUGUGAGAUGUAUGCAAACUUCUGUUCUCACCUCUCUGCUGAGCUUCCUGAUCUGAGCAUAGACAAUGAAAAAAUUACUUUUAAGAGAUUGCUUUUAAACAAGUGUCAGGAAGAAUUUGAGAGAGGAAAGCGAGAGGAACAAGAAGCUAAUGUAACUGAUGGGGAAGGCGAAACAAAACUCUCAGAUGAGGAAAGAGAGGAGAAAAGACUAAAAGCACGGAGAAGAAUGUUAGGCAACAUUAGACUAAUUGGAGAGUUGUACAAGAAGAAAAUGUUGACAGAGAGGAUAAUGCACGAGUGCAUAAAAAAUUUGCUAGGUGAGACUGAGAAUCAGAAUCCUGAUGAGGAAAACAUUGAAGCUUUAUGUAAAUUAAUGAGCACAAUUGGUGAGAUGAUAGAUCAUGUAAAAGCCAAGGUGCACAUGGAUGCUUAUUUUGCUUGGAUGGCUAACUUGUCAAUCAACAUGAAACUAUCUUCCAGGGUAAGGUUUAUGUUGAAAGAUGCAAUCGAUCUUAGGAAGAAUAAUUGGCAGCAGAGGAGAAAAGUUGAAGGACCAAAGAAGAUUGAAGAGGUGCAUAGAGAUGCAGCUCAAGAAAGACAAGCCCAAGCUAGUAGGAUUUCUCGUGCCCCCGGCUUGAGUUCUUCUGUUAGAAGAGGCCAACAAAUUGAUUUUUCUCCUAGAGGUCCUAGUAUAUUGCCUUCUCCAAGCUCUCAGAUGAGUGGGUUCCGACCUAUGUCUCCCCAGAUGCGGGAUUACGGUGGUCAAGAUUCUCGGCUGGAUGAUAGAAAUUCAUUUGAGAAUAGGGCAUUAUCACUUCCCCUGACCCAGCGGUCCCAUGGAGAUGAUAUUACACUUGGACCUCAAGGUGGACUUGCAAGGUCUUUUAGGGGACAGACAACUGCUCCAAUAACCCCAUCAGCUAAUAUACCAAGUCCUGGUGAUCCCCAUAGAGUUGCAUCUGGGAUGAAUGGCUUUAGUCCUAUGCCUGAUCGGAUAACACAUGGCUCAAGGGAAGAUUCCAUGCAGAGGUAUAUUCCAGAAAGGGUUUCCAGUCAAUAUGAUCAUACUGGUAAACAGGAGUGGAACAUGCAGUAUGGAAAUAGAGAUCGUGGAUUUGAUACUGCUCUUACGUCUCCUCCAGUUCGAGGUGGAGGGACAAGUUCUAUGCAGAAUGUUCAUCAAGAUAAAGGAUUGUCUGAAGAACGCUUACAGGACCUAUCCAUGUCUGCAAUUAAAGAAUUUUACAGUGCCAGAGAUGAGAAGGAGGUUGCUUUAUGCAUGAAAGACCUGAAUGCUCCAAGCUUCUAUCCUUCAAUGAUUGCUCUUUGGAUCACUGAUUCUUUCGAGAGGAAGGAAAUGGAGAGGGAUCUCUUAGGGAAACUUCUGCUCAACUUAACAAAGUCUCGGGACGUUAUCCUAAGUCCGGAUCAGAUGAUUCAGGGGUUUGAACGUGUUCUCACUACCUUGGAGGAUGCAGUUAAUGAUGCCCCAAGAGCAGCGGAAUUUCUUGGUCGUAUCUUUGCCAACAUGGUUUUGGAAAACGUGGUUCCUCUCAACGAGAUUGGGCGGUUGCUACAAGAAGGCGGGGAGGAGAAAGGGUGCCUCGUAGAGACAGGGCUUGCAGCUGACGUUCUUGGAAGCACCUUAGAGAUUAUCAAAUCGGAGAAAGGCGAUUCUUUGUUGAACGACAUCUGUAAAAGAUCUAAUCUGCUGCUAGAAAACUUCCGGCCCCCAGGUUCUAACAAGCAAUCCAAACUGGACAAGUUUCUGUUUUCAUAGCUUAUUAUAGACUGUAUGUGGUAGAAAUUCAUGUCUAGUGUUCUUUAGGGUCACAUUCCGCAGAUAAAUAUAUAUAUCUAUAAUCAUAUCAUAUAUGUGCUUCAAUGGGAAUCAACAAAGUGGCUUAUCUUAGAUUCUUAGAUAUUAUUUUUGUCAAAAAUGUGUAAAAAGUGAGCUUGCCAUCUUGGCUGCACUGAGCUGUUAACUUACUUGCAGGUUGGCUGUGAAUAUUAUGGUUUUAACAAGCUUAAUUGAUGUUUAAUAUGAACCCUGCAAUGAUGUUGGAGUC